GACAUCAGAGAUUAGAGUGCGGCGUGGAGCCACGUCAGAGCUGUCAUAUUUGUGGAAAAAAGUUUACCCACAGAUUCAAGCUGACACAUCAUCUAGCGUCUUGUCGACGAAAGAAAGAAUUAUACGAAAGGGUUACUCGCUACAAUGACAUCGUCCCAGGACGUGCGUCGACUGAGUACUGAGAUGUCCUGGAUGAAUCCUGAUUUCCUUGGGGCUCAGCACAAGAUCACCGGUAAAUCCACAUCGCGAAGGAAGGACUCCGAUGCUAAGGAUUCAAACGGUCAUUUCAUUUGCAACAGAUGCGGAAAGUCCUACAGAGCCACGACCUCCUUGAGUCGUCACAAGCGUCUCGAAUGCGGCGUUGUGCCUUGUGAAGUUUGUCCCAUAUGCAACAGAAGAUUCAAGCACAAGUUUGUCCUGAAAUCGCACAUACUGGUUUGCGAGAGAAAAUUACGUGAGAUAAUGCUUAAGAAAGCCGACUGAACGUGUCGGAAGAAUGUUUUUUAUAACU